AUGGCCAAGGGGUCUCGCAGCAAUAGGAAGAAGGCUUUGAGGACUGUCCGCCGCGAGAAGGUCAAGGCGACGUGGCAGGAGGAGGCGGACAAGAAGCGCUUCGAGGUGGUGCAGCAGUGCGCCGAGGCCCCGCCCGUGCAGCUGUCUGCAGGGGAGCUGGAGCGCAUAGCCGAGGCCAAGGCGGCGCCGCCGCGCGGCCGCGGCGGCGGGCCCGAGGCGAUGGACGCGGACGGCGGCGGCGGCAAGGGUCCGCGGGGCGCGAAGGGCAAGGGCAAGAAAGGCAGCAAGAAGGGAGUUGUGGUGGGCGGCAAGAAGGGGCGCGCGAAGAAGGUCGGAGUCCUGGCGAAGGUCUCAGGCAACCAGUUUCACAAGAAGAAGCGGAAGUGA